AUGUAUUCUCAAAAGCGUCUCGCCGCUCUCUACGUUGUUCUGGGUGCGACCUUCACCAAGCCUGCGGAAUGCCUCUCCUCGAAUUCACAAAGACUAUCGAAUGGUCUGAUCGGGCUCAAAUGCCACCCUCUUCACGCAAACUAUCUCGAUGGCGCUGCGAGAGCGGAUAUCCAGCCGAUCGAUCGACCCGGAUGUACGAUUAUUCUAAGCUGUGUACCGGAAGGAAAAUACGGGCCAGCAAUUAUUGAUGACGAACCGACACUGCCACUGAACGUUACAAUAACACUCUCCGAAGAUGUGACUAUGGACACACGACGCUGCAAGAAGGAAUUGAAGGAACUUCUCUUCAGGGCACGAGAAGGCGAAGAGGAAGUUGGGACACCGGCCACUCAACGACAAGUCGACCCGAAGCGGCCAAGCCUCCUCCAUUCCCGACAAGAAGAAUCUCCCGAGGCGAACUCUGAAGGGCAGAGGUAUCAAGGAAUAGUCGAAUACCUUAUGUCGACAAUCCAGCGUCGGGCUGUUCAAGCGGUAGACUCAGUCAAGGAACGCAAGGCCAAUUAUCAGGAUGAAGUUGCGUCGCAAUCCGCACGAAACAGCACGUUGAACUUCUCGAUGGACCUUAAACAGGUGAUUUUCAAGAAACGUCCAUUCAGCUACUACGUGACCCAAUGCGAGGAGAGCUUUUGCAGCGGGUAUGAUUUGCAGAAGAUAUGUGACCCUAAUAGCCGGAUUCGACGCAAAGAAAAAUUUAAGAGUACCUGCGACUAUUGCUAUCCUCAACGGGGGAAUGCUUUUAUCAAGCGCCAUUGCGAAAGGAGGAUAAAGAAAGAGGUGCGGGCUUUCUAUGGGAUCUGUGCACUGCUUGCAGUCUCUAUCGUGGUUGCUGUUAUCUUGUACGUGCUGCACCGUACGGGAAGACUACUGAGAAUCAAUUGCCGGCUUAUUCGGGGCAUGCGAAGAAACAAAUUUUCAAGUAACCCCGUCACAAACAACAGAUUCUCGUCGGCCGUUUUCUCCGAUAGCCGCAUGGGCUCGAUAAGACUAUCAGAAGAUACCACGAUAAGCAACCCGGACUACGACGACUCGACAACAUUCAGCAGUUUUCAACGCAAGUUUAGCCAGCUUGGGACUUCCUCCAGGGGAUAUCGCAAGCGGAUUCAAGACGUUUUUGAUAUCGAGUCGCUAGAGCCCAGGAAUGUCAAGGAUGAGAAUCUGAAGGAUAGGGUUUUUGUACUUCCUCGGGCACCGAAUGCAACUGUACAGAGGAAAUCUGCGGGUAGUUUGAGAUGUGUACGGGGAGAGCCACGCGGUCCCAGGCAGCUAGAAAUGGAGGAGGUCCAGUCGGAUACUGUCCGUAGAGUGUUUCCGCAUGAUCAGAGUGUUGUUUAG